CCCAAACGUACUCUUAUUCUCGUUGAGACAUAAACCCAUGGAAACCCUUUGAAGAAAGCGGGGGAAAGUAAACAAUGACAGACGACGAUCAAUCGCAGCCGUUGGGAACUAAUCACUCGCCGCAUAAACGCUCUGAAUCUCCCCAUCGGCCAUUGAAAAUCGCAAAAAUCUCCGAAGAAGACGCCGAAGCAGAAUCAGAAGCAGGGGAAAAUAGAACAAUGGGGCAAAACCCUAAUACGAUUCAGAGAUACUUGGUUGCAAUCGAAUACAUUGGAACUCGCUUUUCUGGUGCUCAACAACAAGCACCUAAUUGCAGGACCGUUGUCGGUGUUCUCCAGAACGCAUUUCACAAGUUCAUCGGUCAACCAGUUUCCAUUUUCUGCUCGAGUCGUACAGAUGCAGGAGUACAUGCUUUAUCAAAUGUUUGUCAUGUAGAUGUAGAACGAAUAAGCAAAAGAAAACCAAGUGAAGUGUUGCCACCUUAUGAACCUUCUGUGGUCAAGAAAGCUGUCAACCAUUUCUUACAGAAGCAUGAAGGUGAUAUAACGAUUAUUGAUGUUCGAUGUGUUGCUGCUGAUUUUCAUGCUAGAUAUAAAGCUCAAGAGCGAACUUACUUCUACCGGAUUCUAUCAGGUCCGGAACAUUUAUCGACUUUUGAGAAAGGUCGGGCAUGGCAUGUGGCUGAGGAACUAGAUCUGCCUGCAAUGCAGAAAGCUUGCAAAGUUCUUGUGGGACUUCAUGAUUUCACUUCUUUUCGAGCUUCUGGUUGCCAGGCAAAAUCACCAAUCAGAAACUUAGAUGAACUUAAUGUUAUCGAGGUUUUCCCAUCUCCAUAUUUCCCAUCAGCAAAGGAAAGGGAAAUACAAAAUUCUGCAUGUUCUGAGUCAGAAGGGCAAUCUUGUAAUUUUAAUAAAAAUAAAGUUGAAUGGUCUGUUGGUGAGGCGAGUCUAGGGUUUGGAAUGAGGAGAAGGCACCGAUGCUUUGUGGUUACUGCACGAGCGCGUUCUUUUCUUUACCAUCAGGUUAGGCUUCUUGUUGGUGCUAUAAAAUCUGUGGGUACUGGAGAUUUCACGGUGUCUGAUGUUGAAAGAAUCUUGGAAGCAAAGACAGUAACGGCCAAUGGUCCUAUGGCUCCUGCUUGUGGUCUUUACCUUGCUCAUGUCAAAUACGAUCUCCCAUGAUCUGUUUAUGACAGGUGGCAAAAGGUCUUGUUUGUUACACAUGACAAUUAUUGUCUUUGGUCUGCAUUGGACUGAGACUGAUAUACUCUGUCAAUAGGACAACAAGGACUCCCUCUCAAUCUAACAUCAAAUUCGUACACCAUAAGUAAUGUUAGAAAGGGGGUGUGAUGUUUUGACAUUAUUAAUAAUUUGUAAUGGUAUAGCCAAGUGUAGCAUACCAAAAAGAAUGUUGUUUUGGUGUUUUAUUUAAAUGAGUUUAGGGAAGGAGAGUUGAUAGAUUAUUCUUUUUUGUUCUUGGAUUGGUGGAAUUCACCCUCUUUGGGAG